AUGGCACGGGCGCCACCGCCAGGGUGUCCACGCCUGCCUGGCGGCCAAGGAAGGUGGAAGACGAAGCGGGUUCUAACUUCGUAUACAGCUGCGACGAAGAAAGCUGUUGUUGAGCAUCUGAGACUACACUGCAAUGUUCGUUUCACUAUAGACUCGUUCUUUCCUGAUCUACCAACAGAGAAGUAUCAAGGAAGACGAGUAUUGGUGCUAAGAUGGGCUCGCCAGUAUGACUCUAUCGCCGCUACGUGUGCUUCUGUCGGCGGUGGGGGCAAGCGAAAAGCUCGCUCUACCGGAUCAGCUACGAUCUUACCUCUAGAUGUUGAGCUAGAGAUCGUGAGCUGGAUUAGCGAUUUGCGCGCCGAGGGCGUUCCAGUCACGUCUCUAAUGCUACGCCUGAAGGCGUUAAGCGCAGCUAAGGCGGCGGGAGUGCACCGAUUCCGGGCGUCCUCUGGAUGGCAGUGUCUGUUCAAGAGGCGUCACCCCCUGUCAAUGCGAUCGCGCACACGCCAAGGCCAAAACUUACCCGCUAAAACACUGCAUGGCACCGGUGAGAAGACGGUGUGGGUGCGCUGCGGUGGGAAGAGCAAGGAAAGAGCUACCGUCAUGCUGCUAGGAGACUCGAACGGUAAUAAAUACCCGCCGUUUCUUGUUUUCAAGUCAAAGCCAUCGACGGUAUUACAACGACGUGAAGCCAACACACGCCUUCGCCAUGGAUUAGGCGUAAGCGUGUGGAAAGAUGUCGGACCAGCGCAAGAAAAAGAAAGAGUCCAAGUUCAUGGCAACGCCAAAGGUUGGUGGAAUACUUCUUUGUCUGUAGAGUUUCUCCGCUAUCACUUCGGUGCGAGACCCCAACCCGAGAAGCCUGUACUCCUCCUCUGGGAUGACUUCUCGGGACACUGGUCCAAGGAAGUCAUCCAGUGCGCAAAGGAGCUGAAGGUGGAGUAG